AAAAAACGAGAGAUUGAAUAAUUUUGGCGUCAUAUGCAAAUCUGUCCCAACUGUAUCAUUCUGAGAAGAGAUAGAGAGAGAGAGAGAGAGUUAGAGUUUGUGUGGGCAAUGAAAAGCAGAGAUUAAGAUUAAGAUUCCUAUGGAGGAAUGCAAUUUCUAUUAUAAUUACUAAAUGUAAACCGCCAUUGCUACUCCUCUUCAUUGCCCUCUUCCAUUUCUUUCCCAAUCUCAUUGCACAACUUCUCCGCUUUUUCCUCUCCCUGACACGCACCCGCUGGAGUUGGCCAAUACCAAGGUCUAGGUUGUGGGUGGAGUCGGAGUCGGAGGCGGAGGAGGGAAAUGAAAGGUGCCGCCGGGGGUUAUCCCGGGAAAAGGCGAUGGAGAUGUCUCGUUCUAGGCGUGUUUUUCCUUGUCGUCCUUUCUAUGCUUGUUCCCCUCGUCUUCUUGCUCGGCCUUUACAAUGGCUUUCACUCUUAUGGAUACUCCUCUGAUCGGCCAAGUUCUAGUUCUGAUUCGUUUUCUAAUGGUGACAGAGUUGAUCUCGGUACUCAUCUGACACAUUAUAAGCGGGACCAAUCAAAUAUCCAGGAAAUUAUAGAUCAUUUUGCGCCAACCCUUCCAAAUCUAGAGGUCGCUUUAAGAAAUAAUACAAAUGAAGCAAGAAAUGUCAGUAGCAAUACAAGCAUAAAGCAUGAUGCCCAACACCAACGUAAAGGUGCCCCAAUGAUGCCAUCUCAUUCUUUGCCGCAACCACUUCCUGUUGGAAAUAAUAAUGAUAAAGCUGGUGCAACAAAAGUAUCUGAAUCCACCAAAAGUGCAGGUGAGGAGAGUGACAAAUUAUGUGAGCUAAGAUUUGGCAGUUAUUGCAAAUGGCACAGAGAAUAUAGAGAAGACAUGAAGGAUUCAAUGGUGAAGAAAUUAAAGGACCGACUUUUUGUUGCUAGAGCAUAUUUUCCAAGUAUUGCCAAAAUGCCAUCACAGAACAAGUUGUCUCAAGAAUUGAAGCAAAAUAUUCAAGAUUUUGAGCGUAUUCUUAGUGAAAGUACAACAGAUGCCGAUCUUCCAUCACAAAUCGAGUUGAAGUUACAGAAGAUGGAAGUUGCAAUUGCCAAAUCUAAAACCUUCCGUGUGGAAUUUCAUAAUGUUGAGAAGAAAUUGAGACAAAUACUUGACAUGACCGAGGAUGAAGCCAACUUUCAUAUGAGGCAGAGUGCAUUUCUUUAUCAGCUUGCAGUUCAAACCAUGCCAAAGAGUCUUCACUGUCUGUCCAUGAAACUGACUGUUGAAUAUUUCAAUUCUUCCUUACAUGAUAUGGCACCCCCUCCAUCAGAGAAAUUUUCAGAUCCGACCUUGCAUCACUUUGUUAUAUUCUCCAAGAAUAUACUUGCAUCUUCAGUUGUUAUCAACUCAACUGUGAUGCAUGCAAGAGAUAGUGGCAAUCUGGUUUUUCAUGUGCUGACAGAUAAACAAAAUUAUUUUGCAAUGAAGUUAUGGUUCUUGAGGAAUACUUAUGGAGAAGCUGUCAUUCAAGUGUUGAACGUUGAACAUCUUGACCUAGACUAUCAUGAUAAGACAUCUUUGUUAAGCAUGUCCUUGCCUGUAGAAUUUCAUGUUUCUUUUGUUGGUGUUGAUAGUCCAUCUGCAACCCAUCUAAAAACAGAAUAUAUAUCUGGUUUUUCUCAUGCUCACUAUCUUCUUCCAUAUAUAUUCCAGAACUUGAAGAAAGUUGUGGUUCUGGAUGAUGAUGUUGUUGUGCAGCAAGAUUUGUCCAGUUUAUGGAAUCUCGACAUGGGAGGGAAAGUAAAUGGUGCUUUGCAAUUGUGUUCAGUGCGGUUGGGUCACCUUGCCAGUUAUUUGGGUGGAAAUAGCUUUGAUAAAAAUUCUUGUGUUUGGAUGUCUGGAUUAAACGUAAUUGAUCUUGCUAGGUGGAGAGAGCUGGAUCUCACUGAAACUUACCGCAAAUUGGGACAACAGGUUGGCAAGCUGACACCAUCAAAUGAAGCUUCUGCACUGAGUGCAAGCUUGCUUACCUUUCAGGACCAAAUUUAUGCUCUUGAUAACACGUGGGCUCUGUCAGGAAUGGGUCAUGAUUAUGGGCUUGAUGUGGAUGACAUUAAGAAUGCUGCAGUAUUGCACUAUAAUGGAAUAAUGAAACCUUGGCUGGAGCUAGGAAUUCCGAAGUAUAGACGCUACUGGAGAAGCUUUCUAAACAGAGAUGAUAAUUUCUUGGGGGAGUGCAAUGUGAAUCAAUGACAGUCAUCCGCGGGUUGUCAUGUUUUCUUGGAAAAUAUAGGCUCGAGAAGCAUGAAUGUGUAGAUGUUUAUUAUUUUUGGUGCUGAGAAUUUUGUUUGAGCUGGUGUACCAAAGGGCAGCCGGCGACACAGUAUACCACCCUUCUGAUUUUUUGGUAAAUAAUAAGAAAAAAAGACAAAUAUUUUCUAUUUUCUAGCAAUGCAGAAGGGAUUUGUGACGGCUACGGUUGCCAAGCCUGGAGGAUUUGCUGUAUGAAAUGCGAGUUAUUGGUUCAAGGGUUGAGAGGAAACAACUUCAUUCUUUGCCUCUUGUAGGAAAAUGCGUUCAUGUGAAGAAGUUUUGAGUUAGCAUUUGUGAUGUAAAUGAUGGAUGAGAAAGCAAGUUGGCUUUCGACUGUCCUACUAAAUUAAUUCUUUUCUCAGGUUCUACUAUUUGAAUUAGAAAUUACGAUUUAUGUUUAUGAUGAGAAGUUAUUCACUGACUAGUCAUUACAUUUUGUA